CAUGUUGUAGAUGUCGCACCGGAUUAUUCGAGUGGUUGUUGGUGAGUGAAAAGCUUGAAAAGUCUAAAGCUCCGUCGUGUCACUUACUGAUCGUUUGACGUCACUGAUUAGACCGCCAAGAUGGUUGUCAAUGUUGAUAAGUGGUUACCGUAGGAAAUACCAGUGCCUGAGGUGGUUGCCAAUUGAUUAACAUCCAUUUAUUGUCAGGAAUUCCCAGUGCGUGAUAGUGCGCUCGCAGAAAGAUUGGAAUAAUGUCUGUUAAGUGAUUGUAAUUUAUUAGUGCCUGGGUCCAGGCGACACUAAUUCAUUAAUUAUCAAUUAUAUAUAUUUCUUAGUCUUUAAUUAUUAACGACGAGCCUGAGGAUGGCAGAGGGCGAGGAUGCCGAGCUACGUCGGGCGCUUGACGUCGUCCAGUCGAUGAUCGAGAUCUCCGCUGAGAGACUCGAGGGACUCAGGACCAAGUGCUCGACCAGUGCUGAGCUUACUCAACAGGAAAUUCGGACUCUUGAGGGGAAAUUGAUUAAACUUUACUCAAAACAACUUGUGACUAAGUCGAAACUCGCUGUUGAGUCUCUGCCACCUGAGAUGAGACAGUAUCCAUCGCUGUCACAGUGGUUAAGGGUGGUUGGACUUACUCCGGAGUCUAUUAAUAAUGUAUGUACCAAAGCUCAAACACUAGAAGCAUUAAAAGAAAAAACAGAGCGUGAAUUAAGCACAAUGUUAGGAGAAAAUAAUUCCCGACAUGAAGAAGAAUUACGUCGUCUCUGCCGAGCUCUCCACAACCUCCGUCGUUACAUCGACGUUCUCUUAGAAGGCGACAAAGAUACCGACAUGAAUUUAUACUGGGACUCAUGGGACCGUCAUCAGCUGCGAAGUGGGCCUUCACCGCGGCUUGUAAGGUCCCGAACAACCCGAAGUUCAGUGCCAUCCGAAGACAGUAUUCCUUACCACAACAAUAUUAAUGUAAAUAACGACAUCUUGAGCCAGUCCUCUUCGAUAAUUUGCCUCACUAAUAGUCCACCGUCGACCCCUCGGCUCAACAAGCACGAGCGAGUCAACGUAAAGUUCCCCACAACUCCGCCGCCGAACAAGAAACAGAACCCGCAACCUCCUGCGGAUGUCUUUCCGCUGACUAAGUCAAAGUCCCACGAGUCCCAGCUUGCUAAUCGACUGGAGAACGGCGAGACUGAGCAUCCCAGAAGGAUUAGACUCCCCACUGAACCAGGGUCUGGUACCAGCAACGCUAAUAUCGCCAAUGAUACUCUGAACAUCAGCAGUCCUAUUAAAUCUCCGCCUUACUCUAGUACUGAGAGUGAUGACAACAGUUUUAAGGGAACUGUGACCAGCCUCCAGGUACCCAAAUCCCCUCGCACCCCUACCGUAACCCGAGGAAUGGGUCACAUAAUAAACCACCGCUUCACCAAAACCUUCAAGAUGAUGACAACUUGCGACUACUGCGAGAAGCAGAUGUUCAUAGGAACGGGUUUAAAAUGCAAAGAGUGCAAAUACAAGUGCCACCGCGACUGCGAGUCAAAAGUCCCGCCUUCUUGCGGACUUCCUCAAGAAUUAUUCGACGAGUUCAAGCGAACGCUCCAAGCAGACAGCCUAGCAAACGCAUCCCCAACUUUAAGCAAGCCUGGAGUGACAUCUCCAAACCACCACCACCAUAUUUCAAACCUUUUAAGUUCUUUAAACCGCAAGGACAGAAAACGACCUCACUUACACUCGUCAAUAAACAUACCAUUCACGAGCGCUGACUCAAGUUCAACUACCUCGAGCUGCAACAGCUCAACUCCUUCUAGUCCAGCGUUACUGCCUGGUAAUCAGACGACUAGUCAAACGAUAAGUGUCAACGUUACCAGCACUGCUACCAGCACUGCUACGGGCACUGCUACGAACAUUGCUAUUCACUUACCGACGGUCAAGCAGCAGUUCCACUUCCCAGAAGUUACUCUUAAUGAAAAGACUCUGAUGGUCGAUGGUCAGCACUCUCGGCUGGACAGCACAAUAAUGUCCAGCGACAGCGACAAGACUGUCAGUGUCUCUGGCUCCGGAAGUGUCAGCACUGACUCAGAGCGGACUCCGGUGAGAGUCGACUCUCAGGACUCACAAGUGUCUGAUGGAGAGCCUGGGGACAGUCGCUGGCCGAGGCAGAACAGUCUCUCGAUGCGCGAGUGGGAGAUUCCCUUUGAUGAGCUCAAGAUCGGCGAGCCUCUGGGCACUGGAAGGUUCGGGACUGUCUACAGAGGCAACUGGCAUGGAGAUGUGGCGAUUAAGAUGCUCAACAUGGACCAGUACUCUGAUAACAACAAGACUCUUGAAGCUUUUAAAUUAGAGGUCGCGACUUUUCGUAAAACUAGGCAUGAGAAUCUUAUUUUGUUCAUGGGCGCUUGUAUGAAGCCUCCGGAUCUGGCGAUUGUUACUAGUAUGAGCAAGGGGAUGACGCUGUUCACGCAUAUUCAUUUGAGGAAGGAUAAGUUUAAUAUGAACAAAACUACUGUUAUUGCUCAACAGAUCUCUCAGGGAAUGGGUUAUCUCCAUGCACGCGGAAUAGUUCACAAAGAUCUCAAGAGCAAGAACAUAUUUUUAGAAACUGGCAAAGUUGUAAUAACUGACUUUGGUUUGUUCAGCGUAACAAAACUCUGCUACGGCAACAGAAUAAGUGACGGCUUAAGCAUUCCACCUGGUUGGCUGUGUUAUCUGUCCCCUGAAAUAGUCCGAAGGCUCCGACCCCAGCAUACCAGGGAUCAAGAAGAACUAGCGUUUACAGAAGCUUCUGAUGUCUACGCCUUCGGGACCGUAUGGUAUGAAUUGCUCUGCGGAGAGUGGCCAUUUAAAGGGCAACCCCCUGAAGCAAUAAUAUGGCAAGUGGGUAAGGGAAUGAAACAGACACUAGCUAACUUGCAAGCUUCUCGAGAGGUCAAGGAUAUAUUAAUGCACUGCUGGUCAUAUCAUGCGGAUAAGCGCCCGGAUUUUGCGAAGUUACUGUCAACGCUCGAAAAGCUGCCGAAAAAAAGAUUAGCGCGUAGUCCCUCACAUCCUAUUCAGAUGUCACGUUCCGCGGAAUCAGUAUUCUAAUAAUACGCUUGAAGGGGUCGGAAUUAAAAGGGUGUAAGUGACUGAAGAAACUUUCCUUUCUUUUUUCUAUUUUACAUCUUUCUAGUUCCAACUCCUUCAACUGUAAUACUAAUUAUUUAAUUAUAAUUGAUUACAAAAUCAGUCAAAGAUUAAUUAACAAAUUGUAAAUAACUUGUUAAUAAUAAUUAUUAAUUAUUAUUAUUAUUAAGUACCUUGACUAAAAUAAUGGACGUGAUGUUAAUUUAAAACGUCUAGCUCGAAUUAUUACCGAGUAUUCAAUCAAUAGUAUUACAUGUUAUUAUUUUAAAGACAUUUCGGCAUUUAUUACAAAUUCUUAAUCUAAUAUCACAACAGAUACUCUAAUUAAACUAAUUAAAAGUCUCUUUUUUUAUUCACAACAUUUUUGUUCGUCAAAAUAAUUUCGCUGAAAUGUCAGUUAUUAUUUUUAAAAAUUUUUAAUACAAUCUCUUUUUUUAUUGGUUAAUAUUUGUUCCCUGGUAAAAAUUCAGUGAAGAAACACAAACUUUGUACUAGUCUGCGCAAGCGCGGCUUUUUUAGCAAAAAAAAUUACCAUCUUAAUUAGAUUUAUUAUUUAUAUUUAGAGUAUUGUUAAACACUGAAGAAAACAAUAAUCUCAAAGGAAAUAAUAUCAAAGGAUUGUACCGAUAGAGAAUUAUCAAGUGCACUAGUCAAUCACCACUUUUUAUUCUUUACUUUCUUCUUUAUCAAUUUAUAUAUGUAUGUAUAUAUAUAUGUAUAUCAGACACGUGCAUUUUAAAGUUGAAUUUAAAACAAAUUGCCAUUAUUUAAUUGAGUUGAUUUUUCGAUUGAUGUAAAUACUAAACAAAAUAAAUCGAUUAAUAAUUAACUCUCAUUUUACUCAACACCUUACUUCAUUAAUUUGAUAAUUUAAUCCAUAAAAGUAAACCCCGAAAGGAAGAUUAAUAAUUGAAGUCAUAAAUUGUCGCAAAAUUAAUGCCUGCAAGAUUAAACUAGAGCUAACAACGGCAAAUUAAAUAUGUAAGCGUCCUAAAUAAACAUUGCAUUUAAAAUCAGAAUUGAAAUAA